GCCGGUUUCUCUCUUCUUUUCAAACCGGGAGGGUUUGAGAGAGUGAGGGAGAGAGAGCGGGAGAGGGACAAAGAGAGACAACGAGCGGGAAGAGACGAGGGAGGAAGGGAACAGACGAGGGAUAGAGAGAUAGAGGAGAAGAGGGACGGGAGUGGAGUGUGCUCAGGGAAGAUGUCAAUGUUGGAGGCAAAAUUCUUCAAGUUCCUUAAGAUUGUUGGAGUGGGAUUCAAGGCAAGAGCUGAAGCCGAAGGCCGUCUACUAUAUCUUAAAUUAGGCUACAGUCAUGAGGUGGAAUUGACAGUGCCACCAGCUGUACGUGUCUUCUGUUUCAAACCUAAUGUAAUCUGCUGUACUGGGAUUCAUAAGCAGAGGGUAUCUCAGUUUGCUGCUUCUGUUCGCAGUUGUAAGCCCCCAGAAGUAUACAAAGGCAAGGGAAUCAUGUAUGUCGAUGAGGUCAUAAAGAAAAAGCCUGGGAAGAAAUCCAAGUAAUACUGAAAUCUAUCUCUCUAUCUGAACAUUUCUAGGUUGUUCAGAGAGGUAGUUAUCAUUCGCUAAGGCAGCAGUCUUUGGGGGCUCCUUUCUUCUUUGCUUAUUUAUCGUGGACAUGUCACUUGGGCCUCAUCUAAAGAACGCUCCUUCAUUUGGACACUCUUCUGAUUAGUUGGUGCCUUCAUCCGCAAAUAAUUUUUAACAUAAGCCUGUUGCUAGCUGCCUAUUUUCUA